CUCGCCCCAUAUCAGCUGACAAAGAUUCCAAGAUCAAAGAUGGCGGAACAGAACCUGUUUUCGUUCGUACCUCUAUGCCAUCAGAAGCAUGGUGAGGAAACAGACCAGAGUCGCGUGACAACGCUACAAUUCCAGGCGCAAACUGCCGUGCUUCGUACCGUUCUCCGUCUGGGCGAAACUUCCCCCUCCCAGUGUGGCCAGGUCCGCGCGCAGCUUGCAGGCGGUUCGUACUGCGUCCUGUGUUCUUCCAUCCGGGAAAGAAUCGUGGCCGACUUCCCAAAGAUGUUGACGGAUGAGUUGCUAUGGUUACUCGUCCCCCCGCACGUGAAAAUCCUGGACCUGUCCAGAUGUUGCAAUGUAUCAUGGGAAGGGAUAGCAAGAGUGAUUAGAAGAGGUGCCAGGUUUUUCAAUACAGCUGCCCUGAGACAGUGGCCACACCUGUGCCACCUGGACCUGUCCUACUGUGGUGACCAGUUCACUGAUGACUGUUUCCUCCUGCCUGACAUGGAGGAGGAGGAGGCUGGACCAGUCCUGGAGGCAGGGGCAUCAGUCUCUCCUAAAAGGAAAUGUCGUCCAGGCUGCAAGCUGACCAGUGUGGAUUUAUCUGGGUGCCUGCAGCUGACCACAAAGUGUAUCAGGCACCUGACAGGGCUGUGUGGGCCAACUCUGCAGGUCCUCAACAUUGCAUACACCUCAGUAGACUGCAGUGCAUUGUGGUUCCUGUGUGGCUACAGCCUCUCCACUGCCGUCCAAUUGGCUGUUGCCGUGGACAACCAGGGGGCGUGUCCCCCCAUGCAGGACAGCCGGCUGCUGUCGCCCGAGCUCAUCCACAAGAUCCUGGCAGGGGAACUUCACCAUGGCAACCAACAGCCAAUCACAAUAGGAGUUCCAGAUGGAGAGAUGGAUGAGGAAAGUAGUACAGAAGGAGCUUUGGGACAAGUUUCUCUAGGAGGAGAGGAUUUGUCAGAAGAGAGGACAGAAUUGAAAUCAAAUAAGUAUAUUGAAUUUGAUAGCUGUCAGUCUGAGGGUAAAAGUAGUACGGAAGGAGCCACAGCAAUUUGUUUCGAAGGAGUACCAGACAAUCAAAAUCACCUGGAAGCUUCAACAGAAAAUUCUACUCUAUGUUUUCCAGAUACAAACACAGAGGCAAGAAUUGUUGCACAACAGGUAAAUGAGCAAAAAGAGAAUUCUGAAAAUGCUGCUUGUAGUGACAAUACCAGAAGUAGUAUGUAUAGAACCAAUAUUCUCCAAACAGUUGGAGGACAUUGUAGUGCACGUGUUUCUUCCAGGGUCCAUCUAGACACUGACCAGAAGAAUUCUAAAAGUACUUUCUGCCUCGAGGAGUCUUCCAAUGAACUUGAUGACCUUGACAUCUUUGUUGAAGAGGUCAUAGCAAACAGCAAACAUAGCCUUCAAAAUGGUGCAAUAGACAACCAACCUUUGACCCAAGAAUCCAGAAUACCUUUCCAUCAAUCAUUUGCAGGAAGACAAUCAAAGAAUGGCGAUGAGACAUUCUGUACACCAAUAGAUGAAGAGAAUUCAAAUUCACGUGACCAAUCAGAGUCAAUACCUAAUGAGAUUCAAACCAGCAAUAGCCAAUCAGAGUCUGGUACACUUAACUCUACUGACCAAUCAGAAGCAGUUGAAGGCAUGUCUUUUGACAGUAUUUCUCAGAUGAAGGAUAGAACUAAAAGUCUGUCAUUGGACAAUGUUGAAUUAAUAGUGUCAGAGAAAGAGACUAUGAAUGGACAUUCGGAUGUACAUAAUUAUAGUAGAAUAUUGAAUUCACAGUCAGUCACAAAUACAACGCUAAUGAAUUCUUCCAAUGGCUGCUACUGUUUGAGUCCAGGCAUGUUGCCAUCAACCUCCAGACCCAAUGUUUCAUGUCCAAGGGAAGCCAACAAAGAAACUGUCAAAGCAGGGUCUUGUGGGAUAGCAGCAGCAAAGGACUCUGGGACACAUGAAUGUUACCCAUCAGCCUCCAGCCUUGAAGAUUCAGUUCUGAAGGAAACCAAGAGUGAUACUACAGAAGCAGGGCCUUAUGGGAUAGCAGCAGCAAAGGAUUGUGGGACACCUACAUCUGAUGUUAACGCUACACGGAAAAAGGACAACUGUGUGUUGCUAAAAGGUGAUGGAACAGCACCAGAGUAUGAUGGGAUGCCACCAAGGGAUUAUGGGUUGCCACCGCCUCAGAGCAAGUAUGCCUGGGGUGAAGAAGGAGCUUCAGAAAGACCUCAAAAACUUAAGACAAAGCCAAGAGUGGAAAGAACUUUCCAUCUGCAGUCUUACCAACCCAACAUCACUUCCCUGGACAUCAGUGGGGUGAAUAUGAGCAUGGACAGCACAAGCGUGGACAUUGGAAAUGCCUGCAUGAAGGCCUUCGUCUCAGCCAAUAGGAACCUCCGUAAGUUAUCUCUCACGUGGAAAGAGAUCAGGGAUGAGACAGUGGAGUUCAUUGGUCAACAUGCCAAGGACCUGAGAUACCUGUCCAUGAUUGACUGUGACAGGACGGCUCCCUUCAGUCUGGCUGCUCUUGGGUACAACUGCAACAAACUAGAGUAUUUAGAUGUCAAAGGAAUGAGUUUUAUCGGAGACACAGGUUUGGUGCCCCUGGUUGUGAACAACCCUCAGCUCCAGACCCUGUCACUAGCUGAGUGUAACAUCACAGACCUGUCACUGGACAAGAUCGCUAAGUUCUUGGGGGAUGGGUUGACCUGUCUGGACCUGUCCUGGUGUGAGGAGAUCACAGACUCGGGGCUGUCCUGUGUGGUGGGUGCCUGUCGGAACCUGCAGCAGCUGUCCUUGCGGCAGUGCCUGUCUACUAAACACACACUUGUCAGGCUGGGGGAGAACUGCAGGCAGCUUCGGUCUCUCAUGAUGUCUGGUGUGGAGGGGAUGUCAGACGGGGUGCUGGUCAGUAUGGUAGAGAACCUGGGACUUCUGGAAGAGCUGGAUGUGAGCUGGAACCUCGACCUCACAGACUUGUCCAUCUCUCGAGUCCUUGUCUGUUGCCCCCGGUUACGGGAUGCACGACUGGCAGGCCUGAAGAGGAUCACAUCCAAACCUUUUCUACCCAUCAUAUCAGAUCUUGCCAGGUGGCGCCGAUGCCAGUCCCUACUGAAGCUGAAGGAAAAAGAGAGGCGUGUGUUCCUGGAGGAGGGAGAGGAACAGUGGUCCAGCGAUGAGGAGUAUGAAGACUUGUACAUCCCCCAUCGCUCGGCAAGUUACGCUCCGUGUUUGCGUGAUCUCGACCUGGAGUAUUCCGACAGCGUCAAUGACGAUUUCCUAGCGGAGAUCGUUGCCGUUUGUCACGGUACGCUGCGAAUCCGAGACUACUAUGGGGAGCUUCUCCAGCCAAAGUGGACAGGGAACAUGCACUUCUUCAUGUAGGCAGCCUGAAGUGAAUUCUUUGUUUUCAAGCAUACAAUGUCUUCAAUGAACUAUAUAUGUACCUCUUCCACAGUCUUUAUGUAUCGAAACAAUGGGACUUUAAAGGAGUCCUAAACAGGGUUGUAGCCAGCUCGAAAUCAUUUUCCGUCACCUCGAUUUUGAAUGGCUUUGGCGCAGCAUUCCUAUGGAGAUCCAGGGGCAUGGUCCCAAGGAAAUUUUGAAAUCUAGACCCUCUGAAACACUAUUUCCUGCAUUUUGAGGGUAAAAUUUUGCUCACAGAGGAUGGAAUGGGCAAAAUUUUUUCCGUCCCCAGCUGCAAAAUUCAGUCAAAGGACUAGCUACAACACUGGUCCUAAACUGCAGAAGAGAGUAUUAUUUUCUGAUAGAUAUUAUUAGGAACUAAAAAAACCCAUACUACCUCACAGUACCCACAAGUCCCAUGUGCAUCAAAAAAACAUUUGGUAUUCUACUAAACCCUCCAAGUAGUCUUUAAUUAAAUUAAGUAAUGUCAGGCUAUGGCUGAAUACAAUGUGUUUAACAUGGCCUGACAAAAGUUUACUUACAAAACCAAUCUGAGGGGCGAUGUUAAAAACUUGUCUAGUCAUAUAUUUUAUUAACAAUUGGUCUUCGUGCACAUAGCCCCUCAUUUACGACGAAAAUAUGCAAGGAAGUGUCUAAUAUAGUAUGCAAUAUAGGAUAUACAUGGGUAGGGUCUGCAUGGGUUUGGUGGGUGUCAUAUUGUUGUACAAACACGGGUUGCGUAUUUCACCACAAGUGAAAUUCUAAAAAAAAUUGGCAGUGUUUUUAUCUGUGAUACAUAAUCUAACAAGUAUUGCAAAAAAUAACACUCCCUUCUGGCAUUUAGGACUCCUUUAAAGCAGAGGUGUGAUUACAUGGGUGAUGAUUUGUAAGUGUAACAGUUUGGGUCUUUGAAUCCUCUGACAUGCUGCAAUGUUGUGCGCUUUAUACACUUUUGUUCAGGUGUAAAAUUGGAUACCUGACUUCAGUUGUGAGAUAUAUAAUUGUGGAAGGAGAGAGAUGUGUUCCGCCUUCCAAAACAGUGCCUUAGACACAGUGAAUGACUGUAGAUUAUCCUUUGUAUGAUAGCGAUAGAAGCAUUAUAGGCU